GGGCAGGAGCUGCGGGACAUGCAGGAGAGCGCCCAGAGCCAGCAAGUGCAAGUGGAGAUGGAGCAGGUCAAGCCAGACCUGACGGCGGCUCUGCGAGAGAUCCGCACCCAGUACGAGAGCAUCGCCGUGAAGAACCUGCAGGAGGCCGAGGAGUGGUACAAGUCCAAGUUUGCCGACCUGUCAGACGCAGCCAACCGGAACCACGAGGCGCUGCGCAUGGCCAAGCAGGAGAUGAACGAGUCCCGGAGGCAGAUCCAGAGCCUGACCUGCGAGGUGGACGGCCUCAAAGGAACCAAUGAAGCGCUGCUGCGGCAGAUGCGGGAGCUGGAGGAGCAGUGCGGGGUGGAGAUCAACAGCUACCAGGACACGGUGAGGCGGCUGGAGCAGGAGAUCCAGCACAUGAAGGAGGAGAUGGCACGGCACCUGCGUGAGUACCAAGACCUGCUCAAUGUCAAGAUGGCGCUAGACAUCGAGAUCGCCACCUACCGCAAGCUGCUGGAGGGCGAGGAGAGCAGGAUCACCGUGCCCAUGCAGCUCAUGCCCUCUUUCACCAUGAAAAGCUCGGUGCCAGAGCCGGAGCUGGUGCCAGUGGUGGAGACGCACACCAGGAAAAUGGUUCUGAUCAAAACGAUUGAGACCCGGGAUGGAGAGGUGGUGACGGAGUCGCAGAAGGAGCAGCGAGCGGAGUCAGAGAAGUGACCCCUGCACCAGGCUCCGCGCAGCCCCCCACUGCAGCCCCUCCCCCCCACGCCGCACCGGCCUUACACGACUACUGAUACCUCUGAGCCCCGGCACCCCUGCACACCCAACUUCCACCGGCCCAUGGUGCUCGGGGAUGGGAGAGCAGAGCAAUAACCCCUCCUGGGCAGGGGCUGCUGGCAGGGAGGGACCUAGGAGUCCUGCCCUGCCCCGCCCCCACCCAGCCUCCCCUUGCCCUGCCUCCUCCGGGGCCCUCCACCUUCCUCUGAAGCAUCAGGACCUGCCUCACCAACACCACUGGCACCAGGAGGGGGGCAGAGCCCGGUGCUGGUAGAGGCUGACACCAGGAUCCAGGACCACCUGUCACCUGCAGGGCUGUAUCCUGGGCCUGGUGUGGCCUGGGCCCCCCGCGGAGCCAGAGGCGGGUGCCAGCACUGCUGCUGCUGUUCGAGUGUGGUGCCCGUAGCGAGUGCUUCCCGCCCAGAGCCAGAGUCCCACCCGGCCCAAAGGGCUGAUACCAAAGCUGCCCCACUUUUAUACCAUAACCCAUCUCCCUGCUUCCAGCGCAGACUUGGCCCGGGGUUCACCGAAGCCAGAGGGCCUGGGGUGGUGGCAUCCAUCUGGCACAAGCCUGGGCUGUUCCUUAACCCCAGCUCUUUUCUUGGGGCUGGGGGCUCCGCAGCUCCCCGUUCUGUGCUUUGCUCCCCCUCUGUCACACUCGGUGCCUCUGCCUCAGCAUCCUCUUCCUCUGCCUCGGUCCCCUCUGGACUAGGCCAGGGGGAUGAGACUGGGGCUACUCAGCCAGCUGCCCCCCUUCCCCUCUGGCCCUGUAGGCCCCCCCCACAACCCGCUGCAGGAGUUGCUGUGGUGCUCCUGGGUCUUCCCCGACCUGCCUGAACAGGGACGGACCCCAACCUUGUAUCUGCUUGUCCAGCCAAUAAAGAGCCUAGUGAGGAGC